GUGGCUUGCAUGGUUUUGGAUACACGUGCACAAUCAAGAAUAGCCGGCGGUGAAGUAGCCGACAUAAUACAGUAUCCAUUUGCGACUGCUCUUCUCAAUAACAUCGGAUCGACGUCCUUUCGGCAAGUCUGCGGCGGUACCAUACUUAGCAGCACAGCUAUCUUGUCUGCUGCUUCAUGUUUUGUUAUUGAUGAUCAGAUUACCCCAGCAAGAGCAUGGCGUGCGAGAGUGGGGUCAACAUCCUCAGAAACUCGAGGGCUGCUCUACAUCAUCUCUCGUAUAACCACUCACCCGCUGUUCGCAUCAGCCACCAGAGUGAACGACAUAGCAGUCAUACGCACUACCGCCACUAUAGCCUUCAGUGCGGCCGUGCAGCCUGCGUACAUAGCCGGUGGCGCGUACAAGACGAACGCGAACGAGCAGGUCAUGGCGAUAGGUUGGGGUGCUACCAGUGACACUGGCCCGUCGUCUCCGGAGCUUCGUCAUGUGCAGCUCUGGCUGAACGACCAGCACGUUUGCGCUGACCGGUAUGAGACAUUGAACUUCACCGUCACCGACGCGAUGCUGUGCGCCGGCUGGCUUGACGUUGGCAUUCGAGGACAAUGUGCAGGUGACACGGGUGGGCCACUACUGCAUAACGACGUGGUGGUGGGCGUGUUCUCCUGGUCGCACGGCUGCGCCCACACUCUGUUCCCCAACAUCAACACGCGGGUGGCGCCACUUUCACGCUGGAUCGAAGCCAUUGCUACUGCUUAAAAUAUACUAAAUUUAAUACA